AUGUACUUCACGUCCUUUGUUACUCUGUUGAUGCCCGUCCUUGCGGCGUACGCACUUCCUGCACCUUUCAAGCCUCGUGAUGGCCCAAGCCAGUCGCUGAACAGCACUAGCUCUCCUACCAGCACUACCAGUGGCACGGCUUCCGCGACCUCGGAUCUCGCAGCCGUAAAUUCAAGCCGAGCGAGCUCUCUCCUCAAAGCGCUCCAGAACGAGAUCAGCGCCGUCGACCCAAGUGGGACCGCGUACACCGCGUUCAUCACAACCGUCUCAAGUCGUCUUGCUGUCGAGAUGUCGUCCAUAGGUGGAUCGGGUCAGGUCCAAUUUGUGGCCGCAACGGCGACCCUCAGCACUCAGAGCCACGACGCGCCAACAUUCACGGCUGCGCCAGCGUCGACUGGUAACCGGGCUAACGACGCGGCUUCGUCGCCGACUGGCUUGCCGAGUGUACCUACGGCGUUAGCGUCUAGUGGAGGACCCGAACUCUCGAGUCUGUUGUCAGAGAUAGCGAGCGCGGAACUGGCGGAGGUGACGAAUGUCAUCAACUCUGCCUCCAAGACGGCAGAAUUGACCGCCUAUAUCACCGAAGUCUCUGGGACGCCGUACGUCGCGUUGUCGUCAAUAAGCGGGCCUGCAAUCACCCUCGCCGCGACGAGUGGCGCCCCGGAUGCCUUCCCGACGAGCUUCGAUGGGCUCGCGGUGACUGCCAUUCCGUCGAAAAAUGCUGCGAUGGGCCUCUCGGUCUCGAGGUCAUUACUAGCAGGCGUUGUGGGUGCGCUCGGGGCUGUGGGCGCGGGGGCGAUGAUGAUCUUGUGA